CCAUAUUUGCUUACCUUUCUUGAUCCAGUCUUGGUCCACUCUUCCCUUGACCUUUCUAUCUCUUUAUCAAUCAUCUCCCUUUUCUCCCCUGAUACAUUUUUCAGGGAAAAAGAUAAACUCUUUAUUUGUAUUUGAAAAUUUAUAUAGGCAAAGAAAAUACUAGAAGAGCGAUGCCUGAAUGGACUCGUGUGGCGGUAGCAGCGGUGGUCGUCGUUAUCCUUUUGAUCCUUUUGGUUGUGUUUAUGCGUCGCUGGUGUUACCGUAAAGAUAUUGUUGACGACAACAGAGCCGUUGGGACUGCGAGUCUGCAUCAUCAUCAUCAGAUUGAUUUAGAUAGCAAGAGAAGGGGGAAUUACUAUGUUUUUCGACACGGGGUUUCGACAAAACCUUUGUUUAAUUGGGCUGAUCAUCCAUCUCUCGUCACCGAUGCAGUUGAGAACAUAUGGUCUCGAUUUGGCUUCACGAAUUACAUGUCGUCUCCUUCUACACGAUCAAGCCUGUUAGGAUUAUGUGCGGCUGGUGAUUUUGGAAGAGGAAACGAUGUAGAGGUGAACUGGGAAGUUGCCAAGGAUCAUCAG